UCGUUUUCAUUAUGCGUUCGAUUUCAAUUUGAGUUUAUUGCUCGAGCGAACACUUUGAUUUGUAUAAAAGGCACAGUUGGCCCCAGUUCCAAUCAGUUCAAAACCAUUUUCGGUAUUUAGAGCAACUAAUUCAACCACACCCAACAAAAAUGGCAUUCAAAUUCAUCGCCUUCUUCGCACUCUGUAUCGCCGCCGCCAGCGCAGGCAUUAUUGCACCAGCCGCUCCAUUGGCCGCUGUAGCCGCAGCUCCAUUGGCUGUUGCCGCUCGCGUUGAGGAAUACGACCCACAUCCCCAAUAUACCUAUGGUUAUGAUGUGAAAGAUGCUCUUUCCGGUGACUCGAAGACCGCUGUGGAGACCCGUGAUGGUGAUAUCGUACAAGGUCAAUACUCUCUGAAUGACGCUGAUGGUUACCGUCGUAUUGUUGACUACACCUCCGACCCAAUCAACGGUUUCAACGCUGUUGUCCGUCGUGAACCUUUGGUUGCCCCCGUCGUUGCUGCUGCUGCUCCAGUUGUCGCUGCCCCAGCCCCAAUUGUCAGAGCCGCUGCCUACGCCGCACCCGCACCAAUCGUCGCUGCUGCCCCAGCUCCCCUCGCCGUCGGACCAGCUGUAGUAAAGACCCAAUUCGCUUCACCACUCAUCUCUUAUGCCUAUUAGAGAAGUUGGACUGAACCUUUGCCAUUAGUUGUUAAUCAUGAAUAAAGCCGAACUGUGAAUAUAUAAACAAAAAAA